GAUCGUUCUGCGAGUCACCAAAGACACAGAGAAAGGGAGGAAGACGAAGAGACGAGAUAUGGCCGGACUUUUAGCUUGGGCCGCCGAUGUCGUCGGUAAAAAUGGAAAAGAAGGAGACGAUGAGAAAGAUCGGAUCCCACUUGUUUUCACGGAGGAGCAGCAGAGAUACGUCGACGAGCUUGGCCGGAAAGCGACAACCCUCAGCCGUUCGAUCCAAGAUCUAAGGCUUAGAUUGCCUCCACCGGAUAUCUCCCAGCGUCUGCCUCACCUUCUUGCUCACUCCCUCGCCUCCAAUGCCGCUCUCACUCUUCAGCUUGAUUCGCAUUCCGCUACUCGUGAACAGGCUCAAAUGAGAGAGCAGACGCUGCUGGAAGAAAACAGUACAUAUGAGAAUGCAAUAUCAAAUUGUGAGACCAAAAUAGAAGAGAAAAGGAACGAAGCAGAUUCUCUUCUUAGAAAGUUGAAGGAGCUCGAAGAUGUAGAGGAGAACUUGAGAAAUGAGCAGGAAGAUGAACAAGCUUCUCUAGAAGCAAGUCAUUCCAAAAGCUCUGGUGAAUCUGUUAUUCAGGGUGAUAGGAAUGGAAAAGAUGGAGCAGAUACAGAAGCUAUGAAAUCUGUUAUGCUAGAGAAGUUGGAGGGGAAAAAGAAUGAUUUGAGUUUAAUGGAAGAAAAGGUUCAGAAUUUAGAGAGGAGUUGGGCUGUUAUACAGGAAAGAGCACUGAAGCAGCCUUCUCCAGGUCAGAGAGAGAAGACACUGGAUAAACAACUUCAUAGUCUAAUCGAACAAUUAGCUGCAAAGCAGGCACAAGCAGAGGGGAUUGUUGGUGAGAUUCAUUCGAAUGAGAUGGAGUUAGAGAGACUAAACAGUUUGUGGAGAAGGUAUGAGAGCUUUAACGUUGAGGGGAACGCUGCAAGGAACAGAUUUAAGAGAACAAAUUCAGAUAGAGGAUUUGGUUCAGACCAGGAAGUUGAUGGUCAUUCCUACCUUCCGUAUACAUCUGCUACAAGAAAUGAGACCCAAACGAGGCUUAUGUAUCUCAGGUCAGCUUUUGUCAUCUACAUUUUGGCUUUGCACGUCCUGGUUUUCAUCAAAAUAUCCUUUUAAGAAAUUGUGUACACGAGUGCUCUCUUGUGAUUUUAGUUUGCACAAAGGGGUCAAAAUACUACAUAUAAAGUUUAUAGGAAUACGAUAAUUGUUCUCAAAUGAUUUACUGUCCUUCCAUAUAGUAUAUGGCGAUUGAAUUCUGA